GCCAGUACCAAGAAAGUCGCGGGACUGGUGCAGUCGCAGGGAAUUCCUGUGUCAUUCAGUAUUUCGUCUCCGGAGCAUCUUUUCUAAAAAGAUGGCCAGCGCGACGCCGAGUCUCCCGAUGCCCAGUGACGAUGACAGCCUACAAAUCUACUUUGAGCUGCUAAAUUGGGUGGUCAGCAAUGGCGGCCACCUCCACGACAGCGUGCAAAUAGCCAAGGACGAAAGCCGCGGCGUGCAUCUUCAAGUCAAGAGGGACUGGAAGGAUGGCGUCCCCAAUGACACGCACAUCAUUAAGACUCCGUUAGCUACAACCAUGUCCUACUUCAAUGUCAUGGAUCACUCUUCUGCUGCGGAGGACAGCGGCGCACUCAUCGCUUUCUCAGCUCAUGGUCUUCAUUUUCCACAGGCGUUUGUUGACGCUGUCGGACCUAAGGAAGCGACGAUAUUCUUCCUCAUUGGUCAGUAUCUGCGUGGCACAGAGGGCUUCUGGUACCCGUACAUCCGGACGCUGCCUCAGCCGGGUUCUUUGACAACUCCUCCGUACUAUGAGGGGGAGGAUUUGCAAUGGUUGAAUGGUACGAGCUUGUUGUCGGCUAGGGAGCAGAGGAUGAGUCUUCUGAAGGAGAAGUACGAAAAGGGGUCCGUCGAGUUACGUCAGGCUGGAUUCCAGAGUGCUGAGGAAUAUACAUGGGACCUCUACCUCUGGGCAGCAUCGAUGUUCAUUUCGCGUGCUUUUUCCGCAAAGGUGAUGUCUGGGGUGUUUCCUGAAAAGGAGCUGUCGGAGGAGAAUUUCGCUGUUCUUCUUCCCCUCAUUGACAUGGGGAACCAUCGGCCGUUGGCCAAGGUGGAGUGGCGAGCUGGCAAAGAUGAUGUCGCCUUUGUCGUCCUGGAGGAUGUGACGGCAGGCCAGGAAAUCAGUAACAAUUAUGGACCCCGGAAUAACGAGCAGCUAAUGAUGAACUACGGUUUCUGCAUACCGGGAAACCCCUGCGACCAUCGGAUUGUCAGUCUACGGGCACCGCCUGGAAGUCCACUUCAAGUCGCAAAGGCCCAUCAGGUGCAGAUGCACCCUGAGCUGGCCGGCGAAACGGAGGACCACUACUACGUGUUCAACGUCUUCUAUCCCCUGCUUGCCCCUGAAAUGUCAAUGGAACAUUCUAUCUUUUCGCCUGCCUUGCUCGACGCUGUCUCGGUCCUGGCCGCGAACAACCGAGAGCUAGAGACACUUGAAAUCACGAGCCAAGGAAUCAAGAUCCCCAGCGGCUACGGAAACUCGCGGGCCCUCCUUGCGGCCUUGAGCCAGGUUAUCAUUGAGCUCAUCACGCAUGCUGCGAAACUGAGAGCUUCAGGAGAGGACCUUCAGACCCCGACGAACCUCAAACAGAUUCACGCGAAACUCUACCGGGAUAGUCAAAUCAUGCUGUCCGAGACCGCCCUCGUCAUUGCAGCAUGGACUCUGAACCGUGCGCGGCAGCACAACUUCACCGGAAACUGGGACGAGACUAAGCGGCUCCUUGGGGCACAUAUGGGCCAAAUCCCUGCUGGCAAGUUCCCGGACGAGGUGUUUUCUCGGCUACAAGUGCGCAUCUUGGAGCGGCAGUCGCUGCUUAAGAGCAACGGGGAGUUGUUCACCUUGGGGGAACUGCCCGACCUUCUUCCUGCUGAGAUGCGUCAAUCUUGCAAGGCCUGCUUCCAGGAUAUCUUGUCGAUUUCUGAAAAUGCGAUUCCCAUGCUGAGUGGAAGUGGUGGGUCGUCGCCCUUUGCUUUCCCGAUGUUCCUCUGUCUGGUCGUGGCAGUCUACACGGCCAGCCAAUCUGCAGGUUCAGAGGGAGUGCAACUACCGUCUAGGCUUUCUCGAUGGGCAAGCUUCCUCCUCGAGAACUACCCGCCGCCGCCGAAUGACGUGGCCUGGGCAGUCGAGGACGAGGAUGACGAGCACAUGCUGGGCCUCUUUGACGAUGUUUUGGAGCAGAUGCGCACCCAGAAUGCCGGCGUGUUUACCAAACUGGCCCCGUACACGGGCGACUGGCAGAAAGAUGACUGGUGGCUGUCGCCCAACUGGUUGCGAUGGGGAUGGAUGAUUGGGGAGCAGGAGUGCGUGCAGAUUCCCGUGGAUCCGCUGCGGUUGUUGGCGGCGGGCAGGGGGGGGCAGGUGCGGCUGUCGACGGAGACGUAUCUGUAUGUUCCGGGGGAGGAGUACUAGCUAGCAUACAUAGUCGAGUAGAGGCGAAAUGAUA